GUUACAUAGGAAACAGCUGAAGAGUCUCCACAUGACAGGGGGGGAAGGAGGAAGAAGAAGGAGAAGAGGGGCGACCCGUGGGGCGCCGCUCCGGUAGCCGCGGUAGCCGGCGGGGAGAGCCCUUUGUGCGGAGCGAGCUCGGGGCGGAGCGGGGAGCGACCCCGCGGGCCGCGGCGCCUCGGCGGGGAAGUUCGGCGCCGGCCGGGACCCCGGCGCGUCCCCCCGCUUCGGCAUGAACGGCUUCGGCCCCGAGGAGGCGCCGCAGCGCGGGGCGGACCCCGGCGCGGGGCUGGGCUGUGGCGCGGAGCUGCCGGCGGGGCCGGGGGGCGCCGCGGGGGCCGGGGGCGCGGGGGGGCCCGGCGCGGGGCAGCUGUGCUGCCUGCGGGAGGAGGGCGAGCGCUGCGGCCGCGCCGCCGGCAACGCCAGCUUCAGCAAGCGCAUCCAGAAGAGCAUCUCGCAGAAGAAGGUGAAGAUCGAGCUAGACAAGAGCGCGAGACAUCUGUAUAUAUGCGACUUCCACAAAAACCUAAUUCAGAGUGUGAGAAACAGAAGAAAGAGGAAAGGCAGCGACGAUGAUGGUGAUUCACCUGUGCAAGACAUUGACACUCCAGAGGUUGAUUUAUAUCAGUUACAAGUGAACACACUUCGAAGGUACAAAAGACACUUCAAGCUACAGACCAGACCGGGACUUAACAAAGCACAGCUUGUUGAAAUAAUUGGCUGCCAUUUUAGGACAAUUCCAGUGAAUGAAAAGGACACCUUAACAUAUUUCAUCUACUCGGUGAAGAAUGACAAGAACAAAGCAGAUCUAAAGAUGGAUAGUGGGGUUCACUAGACAGAAAAGGUUGGGACUGAGACUCAGGCCGCAAAUCAAAAGACUGAGGGUUUUUGUUGGUAUGCAAAAGCUUUCUUUGUAAUUUUUUUUCCCCAGGGGGUUUGUCUCUGUUUUGUUUUUUUUUUCCUAACUUCGCUGAUUUGUUUGAAAACCAUCUCCUAUGAAACAAAUUUCCUCAGCAAAAGUAUUUUAAAUAAAUAUUACUGAUACUGUU